UCACCUUGCCUUACCUGAUACAAAGGGCAUCGCGAGAGUUCUGCUGUUCAAGUCAGUCUCACGACAGUCAAAGUGGCAUCGCUACCGUUUCGGUUCAAGGCUGGCGGUGACGGAAAAAUGCCUGCCGCCGUGCACUCGCACCGGCCCACGACGAAAGUCACCCACAAGCCGUUCAAGUCCAAGGCUGCGUCCAAGCAUGAGCUGAGAGACCGCGCAAAAGGCCGAGUCCCCAACGAAAAGGGAUCGCGCAAGACUCCCCACCAGCAAGUCAUGUCCAAGUUCGACCGACGGAACCAGGCCAAGCAGAAUCGCCUCACCAAGCACCGCGAACACCUCAAGGAGACGUCCAUCUUCUCCGGAAAGGAUGCCGCCCCCAGAAUUGUCGCCGUCAUCCCCCUGUGCUCCGACGGCGACGCAAAGGCGGCCAUUCAGUCGCUCAACGGCAGCCUCGACAUCGAAGCCGACCUGAGCGGCAACAACUUCCAGGUCCCGGUCGAUCGCUUCAAGCAGAAGCUGCAAUAUGUCGCCCUCGAGCGAGACCUCGUCGCAUGCUUGGAUGCUGCCAGCACCGCCGACUUUGUCGUCAUCGUCCUUUCGGCGUCUGUUGAGGUCGACCAGCUGGGAGAGCUCAUUCUUCGAAGCGUCGAGAGCCAGGGCCUGUCCACGCUCUUCACGAUGGUGCAGGGCCUUGACAAGAUUGAGCCUGCCAAGCAGCGGCCUGGCAUCAUGGGCUCGCUCAAGUCCUUCAUUACGCAUUUCCACCCCGAGCAGGAGAAGCUCUACAGCACCGACAACCGACAGGACUGCGCCAACUUGAUGCGGUCUCUGUGCAGCACAACCCCCAAGGGCAUCAGGUGGAGAGACGAGAGAAGCUGGAUGUUGGCGGAAGAUGUCAAGUUUGCGUCCAACGACUCAGAGUCCACAAUCAUCACCGGAGUGGUGCGCGGCAAGGGGCUGAAGGCGGAUCGGCUGGUGCAGGUUGGUGACUGGGGCACAUUCCAAAUCGAAAAGAUUGUCGCCGCCCCUCUACCGAAACACAUCAAGAAGAAGGGCGAAGAGAUUACAAUGGAGGCCGAGGAAGAAAAGGUCCUGGAGGAGCCUUCUUCCGACCGGGACGACUUGAACGACCUUGCUCCGGAAGACGUCAUGAUGGACGCAGAGGAUGAUGCCGCCAUGUCCGUUGCGCCCUCAGAAAAGAAGGGCGUGCUGCUGGACGAGCACCACUACUUCUCAGACGAGGAAGACGAAGCCACAGCUGGGACCAAGAAAGUGCCCAAGGGAACCUCAAAGUACCAGUCGGCUUGGUAUCUGGACGAUGUGUCCGACUCGGGCUCUGACAUGGAAGACAUGGAGAUGGAUGAUGAGAAUGACGAAGAGGAGGAAGUGGGACCCGAAGACGGCGUGGAGGGAUUCGCUCAACCCGAGCCCACGGAGGCUGGUCCUUCAGAAUACCCUCAAUCCGAGAUGAUGCCGGACGAGGAGGAAGACGCCGCGCAGCUGGAACAGUACCGAGCACGGAAGCGCGACGAGGUGGAGGAAGACAAGGAGUUCCCCGACGAAAUCGAGCUUCACCCCCACGUGCUGGCCAGAGAAAGGCUAGCCCGGUAUCGCGGUCUGAAGAGCCUCCGAACCAGCCCCUGGUUGGAGGACGAGGAUCGGGCUCACGAGCCGGAGGAAUGGCGCCGGCUCCUGCAGGUUCCCGACUACAACGCUUCGCGAUCAAGGGCGACCCGCGAGGCGCUGGUCGGAGGCGUGCAGCCCGGCACCCGCGUCCACGUCUACGUCAAGGGCAUCCCUGCGGCUACGGCGCAGUCCUAUAACCUCAAGGCCCCCGUCAAGCUCGUCUCCCUGCUGCGGCACGAGAACAAGAAGACGGCGGUCAACUACCUGAUCAACCUCAGCUCCGACGAGACGACGUCCAUCAAGUCCAAGGAGGAGCUGAUUGCCCAGUGCGGCCCCCGGAGGAUGGUGAUCAAGCCGCUCUUCUCGCAGUCGGGCUCGACGCCAAACGACGUGCACAAGUACUGCCGCUACCUCCACCCGGGCCAGUCGGCCAUUGCCACGUUCAUGGGCCCCAUCACAUGGGGUGCCGUCCCGGUCCUCUUCUUCAAGCGAACGGCCCCCGCGAGCGCGGGCGCCGAGGAUCAAGACACGUCGGCCGGCGGGCUGUCGCUGGUCGCCACCGGCACGGCGCUGCCGCCGUCGACGUCUCGUGUCGUUGCCAAGCGGGUCAUCCUGGCGGGCCACCCGUACCACAUCCACAAGAAGAUUGUCACGAUCCGGUACAUGUUCUUCAACCGCGAGGACGUGGAGUGGUUCAAGGCGAUGCCGCUGUGGACGAAGCGCGGGCGCAGCGGCUUCAUCAAGGAGCCUCUGGGCACGCACGGCUACUUCAAGGCGACGUUUGACGGGCGCAUCAACCCUCAGGACUCUGUUGGUAUUAGCUUGUAUAAGAGAGUCUGGCCGCGACACGCCGUGCCUGUCAGGGGUUCGCUGUUGGACGCUGGCGCUGUUGAGGCGCAGGGAGCGGAUGAAGAUACCAUGAUGGAUUGA